CGCUGCUGCCCAACGCUAAAUUAUAUUCAGCCUGCGCUGUACGUAAGUGGCGGUUCACGUGCGCGGUCUGCUGUAUCUAUACAUACAUAUGUAUGUAAGCAGCUGAAUUCUACCCCUCAUCUUUGUCUAUCUUUUGCGUACAAUCAACGCUGGAAAAGGUGCCUGUCUCUAUACACAGUGGAUUUUGUCAUGUCUCGAUUCAGCGCCAGCUCCAUACAUUCCACCAUAUUGGUAUAUUUAAAAAGAUUUCGUUUCCAGCAUAUCUGGCCAAUCAGCAUCUAUGCAACUGCAGUGACGAUUCCCGCCUUCGCGGCAGUGAGAGUGUACACAGGCUCUGACAUGAGUCCGGCUUUCUUUCAACGUGAGAUUAUCUUCGCGGACAUACUCUUUCUCCUCGCUGCGCACUUUUUUCUCCCGAUCCUGUUCGACUGGUACAUGUUCCAGAACCACGUCCGCAUCCCGCCACCUAAAGCGCUGCUUCCCUUUCAGACUUUUCACCUGAGUAUUUCGAUUUCCAUCUACGUCGUUUUACGUUCAAGAAAUUUCCCAGACACAUUCGUAUCUACUGUGUGGCUGCUAGUAGUCACUGUACCUGAUCUGCUGGCUUGGAUUUACGAGUUCCACUUUUAUCGAAUUUGUCGGCAACACUACGAUUUAAGGAGGCCAAAGCAUUUAGGACUCGAAGAGAUUUCCCUUGACGUUCACCAGGAAGAAUCAUCAACAAAUCAUCUGGCUACGCAAUUCGUGUUCCAGACCGCAAUGAAGGGCGAGAACGUGGGAAAAGCAAAAUCUAGAUCAGGAGGCGCCAACGAAGGACUCGCUACCUCGGAUGAACAUGUAUCUCCAAAUCCGCUCUCUGAGACAACAAAAGCACUAUACUCAAAUGACAACAUUAGGUUCGAUCCUUAUCAGGAACCUUCAAUUGGAUUCCUGCAGGACUAUCUCGAACGAAAGAUGUUCUCCUUCAUAAUUGGUACUCUAGAGUAUCUUUCUCUAGAUCAGUACACUGAAACAGCAGUCUCGAAGCUCAGCCUUUUUCUCCUAAUCGUAGAUGUUGCUUCAGCUUUUGCUCUCAGUGUGCUCGUUAAGUACUUCAAUGCGACACCUUUGAUACGGAGAACUUUUACAAUAUUUCAAUUUAUACUGAUGGGCCUCUGGUGGGUUUUAUUUGCGGCACUCUGGUUUGAGUCACGGCCUGAUUCACAGUGGGACACAUACGGUUAUAAGCAUUUUUUCCUACGGGCGUUUGUCUUUGGUUAUCAUGUGUUAGUCUGUGAUCUUAUGACGAUUGAUUUCUUAGGAACCGGUUGGACUAUAGGCUAUUUUUUUUAUUUGCCUUAUACACUUUUCAGUUGA